UCAACUGCCACUCAACGAAGCACGAUCGAUCGAUAGCUAGCUAGCUAGCCAAGGAAGAUGAAGAUGGCAAGCGCAGCAGCCGCUCCCCUCGUCGUCCUCCUCCUGGCCCUGGCCGCCACCGCCGGCGCCGUGACUUUCAACGCGAUAAAUGCGGUUCCGGACUCCGCCGGCGGGCAGAGAUUCGACCGGGACUACGGCGGCGUGGACUACGCGGAGCAGGUGCUCUCCGAGGCCUCCUCCUUCAUCUGGACCACCUUCAACCAGCCCAACCCGGAGGACCGCGUGGGCUACGACUCCGUUACCCUCACCGUCGUCGACAUCCUCCAACCUGGGGCGGUGGCUGUGACCAUCGGGAACGCCAUCCAGCUCCGAGCUCAGUCUGUCGCCGAAACCGACGGCGAUGCCGCCGCCGUCAAGGAGGGGGUGAACGGCGUGCUGUACCACGAGGCGACGCACGUCUGGCAGUGGGGGCUGCAGGACUACGCGGCGCACUCGGGGAUCUUCGAGGGGAUCGCCGACUACGUGCGGCUCAAGGCCGGGCUCCCGGCGGGGAACUGGGGGCAGCCGGGGCAGGGCAGCCGGUGGGAUGAGGGGUAUUCCGUCACGGCGUAUUUCCUGGAUUACUGCGAAUCGCUCAAGUCUGGGUUUGUGGCGGAGAUGAACGGCAAGCUCAAGGACGGGUACAACGACGACUACUUCGUGCAGAUCCUGGGGAAGACCGCGGACCAGCUGUGGAGCGACUACAAGGCCAAGUACUCACAGGGCUGAUACAUGCAGAUAGUUCGAUGUUGUACGUCCACGUCUACGUGUGAGUUAGCAUAUAUAAUUAGCAAUUGUGUUGUAUUACAGUACUGCUAUCGAUGUACUGCUUGAGCCUUGAGGAGUUGAAGGGUGAUGGAAUAAACGUUGCACUACGUGCGGUAAA